CGGUAGACCGGUAGAAGCGAAGGUCUAGACUGCUGUCGGUCCCUGGUACGUUUAUGGUCGCCCCAACUCUCCCGGAAAAGUGCGGUCGCGGGAUGUGGCGCGCAGGGGCGAAGUGGGCAGUAGGGGCUACUCUCCUUGGGGCCGGGGGUGGAGCUGCCGCCAUCGCUUCGUCGGACGAUCCAUCGACCUCCCUUAAAAUCUGCACCAUCGUUCCCCUUCGCCUCUUCCGCGACGCCGUCACUGCUGCCGUCAUCGCCUUCGACUACAAGUAUUCGUUUUGGGGAGUUGAAGAAGGAAGUGCUGAGUGGUUGAAAGUUAGGCACGAAGUCCACAACCGGUGUGCUCAUAGAAUUCAAGAGUUGUGUUUCCGCAAUGGAGGAAUAUAUAUCAAACUUGGUCAACAUAUUGGCCAAUUGGAGUAUGUAGUUCCUCAAGAAUAUGUGCAAACAAUGAGGGCUUCAAUGCUGAAAAGAUGUCCAAUUUCCUCGUAUGAUCAAGUGCGCAGUGUUUUCAUGAAAGAGCUUGGACACCCACCAGAGAAUGUUUUUGCAGAAUUUGAUCCAGUCCCUUUGGCAAGUGCUUCUCUUGCGCAAGUUCAUGCUGCUAAAACCCAUGAUGGCCGAAAAGUUGCUGUAAAGGUUCAACACAUCCAUCUGACAGAUACAGCUGUUGCAGAUAUUGUCACUGUGGAUUUCUUGGUUAAUUUCUUGCACCGGUGUUUUCCUGCAUUUGACUACAGGUGGUUGGUUGAUGAAGUUCGUGAAAGUGCACCAAAGGAAUUAGAUUUCUUGUUUGAGGCUAGGAACAGCGAGAAAUGUUUGGAUAACUUUAGGAGAUUAUCUCCUCAUAUCGCGGAUAGCAUAUAUGCGCCUAAGAUAUAUUGGAAUCUGAGUACCCCUAGACUUCUGACCAUGGAAUUUAUGGAUGCUGCGGAAAUAACUGAUGUUACUGGCAUUCAGAGGAUGGGUAUUCAACCUGCAGAUGUCUCAAAAUUAGUAAGUGAAGCUUUUGCAGAGAUGAUUUUUAAGCAUGGUUUUGUUCAUUGUGACCCUCAUGCUGCCAACAUGAUGGCUCGGCCUUUGCCAUCCAGCAAAUGGAAUAUUUUUCGAAGAAAAAAGCCUCAACUGAUACUGCUUGAUCACGGCCUCUACAAAGAACUUGAUUUUUUGACUAGAACAAGCUAUGCUGCACUUUGGAAGGGGCUUGUUUUUGCUGAUGUAAAUGCAAUAAAAGAGAACAGUGUAAAGUUGGGUGCUGGUGAGGAUCUAUAUGCACUGUUUGCUGGGAUACUCACGAUGAGGCCGUGGAAAAGGGUCAUUGAUCCAUCUGUUGAUCAUUUGGUUCUAGAAGGGAGUGAGGGUGAUCGUUCUGAGCUUCAAAUGUAUGCUUCUCAAUAUUUACCUCAGAUAUCAGAGCUACUUAGGAGACUACCACGUGUGAUUUUGUUAAUGCUAAAAACAAACGACUGUUUGCGAGCUGUCAAUCAUGCCUUGGGUCAAGGGUCUUCACUUGAAACAUUUUUAAUCAUUGGAAGAAUCUCAUCUGAAGCAGUUCUGGAGUCCAAGAAGAUGCUGAACAAAAGGUCCUUUCUCUGGGGACUAAGUAUAUGGUUUGAAAAGAUUUUGCUUGAAGCUCGAUUAUUUGGUAUGAAGGUGGCUUUGCGGCUUCUACAGUUCAGGAAGUACUUGCCUAAAGGAAUGCCAGCAUAACAAAAUAUUCCUUUUCAUACAGCUGCUGAAAUUCAUUUAUAGGGAAAUAUCUCGUUUGUUUCUCUCCAUCUUUUUUGUUUGCUGUGCACACGGGUGGCAGGGAUGGCAUAAGGGUGGAGGGGAUUGAAUUUUUGAUUUUCCUUGUUAUGGUUAUUUUAUUCUUUUGGGCCAACUACAGUUCAUCCCACCUUUUAAUUCAUGUUAAAGUAUCAAAUAUGCUGUCAUUGGGUGUGUAAGCUAUCGGUAUGUUUAAAAAAUUCUAUGCAUUUUGCAGGAAUGAAGUGUAAUUGUUAGAAACUAAUUAAAUCUUGGUGGCAUGACUGAGCUAUU